AUGAUAGGAAUUACUAUAAUAACAGGGUUUUUAGGGUCUGGAAAAACAACUCUACUUAAAAACUUGCUAAACGAAAGCUUAGAAAAAAAUAAAAAAAUUGCAAUAAUCCAUAACGAAUUCUCUGAAAAUAAUAAUAAUAUUGACAAAAUAGUUUUUAAAGAUAUUAACGAUAUAUAUAAUUUUCCUAAGGAAAAGGAAAAGAGUAAACAGAAUUCCACUUCAGCUAAUGACGAAAAGAUAGAGACCUUAAAAAUUAUUAACGAAAUUGAUAGCGAAGAAGGGUUCAUAUACGAGCUCAAUAACGGAUGCUUAUGUUGCUCGAAUAAAAGCAAUUUUGUAAAGUUAAUUGAAAACAUUUUAUCUUUGAAAACUUCUUAUGAUCAUAUAUUUGUUGAAGUGUCAGGAGCUUAUGACAAUAUACAAAUUAAUAAUUUGUUAUGGCUAGACGAUUUAAAUAAGUCCAAAAUAUAUUUAGAUAGUAUUGUUCACAUCAUAGAUGCGUACAAUUUUUUAAGCUCCUUUAACAGUGGUAUUCCGUAUUAUGGCAACUUGAAAAAAACAGAAACUGGUGUCUCUUCAGAAAAAAAAAAUAGUAGUAGUAGCAUCGUGGAAGGAAAAGAAGAGAAGGACCCCAACAUCAUCAUUAGCAGCAGCAAUAGAAGGGAUAGCAAUGAAAACAGCAAUAGGAGUAAUAUCGGUAAUAGAGUCAACAGGGUCAGCAGUAGCUGCUCUGGCGGCAAGGAUGGGGAAUAUUUUACCCCAAUAGAUGCAUGUCCUAUCAGCAAGGACGAAGGGAGGGACAACUCAGCGUGUGAGCAACUAAUCGUUUGUGAUAUUAUAAUCAUAAACAAAAUAGACAAAAUAAACGAUCAAGAUAAAGAAAGAGUAAAACGUUUUGUGCAUAAUAUAAAUCCGUUAAGUUCAAUAUACCUAACCAGCUAUUCUAAAAUUCAUAUUGAAGAUAUAACAAAUUUAGAAUGCUACGAAAAAAAGAAUAUAAAAAAUGUCUUAACAAAUGCUACAAUUAGUAGUUGUGAUGAAAAUGAAGUUAAAGAACAAAAGAAAAAUAAUUAUACAUAUCAUUACAACGAUUUUAUCAACUGCUCCUUCAGAUAUGAACAUAGCAUUCCUUAUUUAAUUAAUAUAAGUGAGCAAAUAAAUAGGAUGAAAAAUGAAUUUUUAAAUUCAAAAAAUAAAACAAUUUUAAAAAAUAUUUUUUCAUUAAAGAAGAGUAAUAUAUUUUCUUACAAAAAACUGAAUGAAAUGUUAGCGUCCCUUUUAUGGAAUAAGAAUUUACAAGUUUAUAGAGGAAAAGGUAUUUUUGUUGCUUUCAAUGAUGAUAUAUAUAAUAACAAAAAUAAAUUAAAACUAAAUAUAUAUUACUACCAAAGCGUUGGAGACUUGUAUGAGAUAAAUUUAGUCAAGAGUGAUAUUCACAUAUUUUUUCAAAAUUAUCUAGAAAAAUUAGGAAAAUCACACAAAUUAGAAAAAUCAGAUAAAAUAGAAAAAUCAGACAAAUUAGAAAAAGCAGAUAAAAUAGAAAAAGCAGAUAAAAUAGAAAAAUCAGACAUUCUAGAAAUGCAUGGACAUUAUUUGACUGAUACGGAAAAACCAAAUAACAAUUCUGAACAGAUAGAAAAAAAUCAUAACACAGUUAGGAACAGUGAUAAUAAUAUGUACAUUUAUGAAGACUUUUCUGAUGUAGAAAAUUACUAUUCGGAUAACUCUUCCUGUAGUAAUAAUAGCGAUUAUAAUAUAUAUAACAUUUUGAAUAGUUACUAUGUUUUUACCUCGAACUUUUUAUUUAUAGGGAAAAGUAUAAACGUCGAACAUGUAAGAAGUAAGUUGAAUGAAUGUUUGUACGGUUAA